AUGCCCUUCACGCCCGCCCUCAUCGUCGUCGACUUCCAACAAGACUUCUGCCCGCCCGACGGCGCGCUCGCCGUCCCCCACGGCCGCGCCAUCGCCCCCGCCGUCAACGCCCUGCUCGCCCUCCCCUUCGCCCUCCGCAUCGCCACCCGCGACUGGCACCCCCCCGACCACAUCUCCUUCGCCGCCAACCACCCCGACGCCGACGCCGCCGCCGACGCCGCCGCCGUCGCCACCGUCGUCCACCCCGACGACCCGGCGCGCUCCUACCCCACGCGCCUGUGGCCCACGCACUGCGUCCAGGGCUCCCCCGGCGCCCAGCUCGUCCCGGAGCUGCACCUCGCGCGCGUGCACGCCGUCGUCGACAAGGGCCGCCACCCCCGCGUCGAGAUGUACUCGGCCUUCUACGACCCCUUCCGCGUGAGCGACUCCGGCCUGGCGGGCAUGCUGCGCCGCCGGCGGGUGACGCACGUCUUCGUGGCGGGCCUCGCUGCCGACUACUGCGUCCGCGCGACGGCCGAGCACGCCGUCGACGAGGGCUUCGUCGCCUACGUCGUCGACGAGGCCACCCGGCCGGUGUGCCCGGGCGAAUGGGCCGCUUGUCGCGAGGCCCUGGCCCGGCAUGGCGUCGGGCUGGUCUCCGUCGCGGGGGACGAGGUUGGCCGGGUCAGGGCGCUGGGGGGGUCGGCGUCGAAUGCUGCCUCGGACGCCGGGGACGAGGCCGCUGCGGCUGGCGGCCCGGACGUACGCAUGUGUGGAGAUGAAAGCGCAUCGGCUGCCGUGUAA